AUGGUCCUCUUCUUCACUUCCACUGUGGUUGAUCCGCCAGCAAUGGUUUACAUGGGCAAGGAUAAAGUCGAGAACGAAGACUUGAUUAAAUACGCAUGGCCUCAGGAUGUGUGGUUCCACGUCGACAAGCUGUCCUCAGCGCACGUCUAUCUUCGCAUGCCACCGACUAUGACCUGGGACAGCAUUCCCCAGGUGCUUUUGACCGAUUGUGCGCAGCUAGUGAAAGCUAACUCGAUCGAAGGAAAUAAGAAAGACAACCUCACCAUUAUUUAUACUCCGGGGAGUAACCUCAAGAAAUCCGGAGAUAUGGCCGUCGGUCAGGUGUCAUUUCACAGUGACAAACAAGUCAAAAGAGUUCACAUCCCAAAGCGAGAAAAUCUAACCAUAAACCGUCUCAACAAAACAAAAGUCGAGAGGGAUGUAGAUCAUGAGCAAGAGCGCGUAGACCGCAUCAAGAAAGAGAACGCAGAGAAAAGAACUGUAGCUGCUCAAAACAAAAAAGCUGAAGCAGAGUUAGCCAAGACUAGGGAAGCGGAGAAGGCUGCCCGCUCUUACGAUUUGUUAUUCGAAGUCGAGGAGGAUCCUGAUGCGCCGAAGCUUACCGGGAAAGCUAUCGAAGAGGACUUCAUGUGA